AUUCCACAUCCUUAUGCCAUUAUGUACUCCAAGUCUUCACAAUGCGUCUGCCUGUCAUCAAAUUAUCCUCUUUGUGCGAUCAAGUCCGCAACGCACUCGAUACGCUCCUUGUUGGGUGGGCUAAGGUGACUCACAGCACACUCUCGAUUCAUACCACUCGGUGGGACGAGCAUCCACAUGCUCCCAAGGCACUCACACCACGAAAUAUUUUACCCUUGGGGGGAAGAAAAAAUCAUUUUUUAUUAUUCGGAGCACAAAGAGUGUUCUCGGGGUUGGAAAACAGAGACAAUCUCCGCAAUUCAUUUGUUGUCCCCGUACUUGGGCCGCUAGAUCACAAGCAAUUCCGGACGCCGCAUCUGAAACGCGUUGCCAGCGCCUAUGAAUCAGCUGAUGGUUUGAGGUCCAGACCACAAGCUCGCCCAGCUGGUCUAGAUUCAUCUCCGGAUCUGAUAAACGCCUGGUAAAUGGCAUGAUUGGCAUUGCGGGGUUGCACAAAGGUCGUCUGCUAGACACCUUUUCUCUUUCUGUUCCCAUGGAAAUAGAGGUCGUACAAUCCUCGGACCGGACCACAGUCUUCAAUAGUAGUCAUCACACCACUUCCACCAGUCAACCCACACCACCUCCUUUGCGUCUCGGUCCGUGGGCCAAUGAAGGACCUUGCGGUUUGGAUCCAAAGGCUGACAAGAGCCCACGGGAGCCCGAGCUCCCAUCAUACCGCUGCGUCUUGUUAUGUCAGCUGCACCGUCGGAACAGUCGCUGCCCAUACGCUGGACUCUGCUCCCAUGGACAAGCGUAUGCAGAGAACUUGAGGAAGGUACUCAGAACUCCAAAAAUGAGGGGCAUGGCCAUCCUAGCUGUCGUUGACCAGCUUUUACAAGCGGUCCAUGGCCCGAGGCCUUUGAUGUUCGCGCAUGUCCACAAAGAUGAUGCACCGGCAAUGCCCUCGACCUGGAGAUGGUGUCGAGCCUUUCAGGAAGUCGCCCAUUUGGGGAGCCUUGGGCUUGGGGCCAGAUUACUGUCGUCAACGUGAUCCAGUAGCUUAGAGCAUGUCGUUUCAUUGCAUCCAGGCCAUUCCCCGCGCCUUCCUCUUGCGUCCACUGGGUCCGAAGCACAGGUCAAAGAUCAACAGGGGAAAUGUCCCAACUGAGAAUCCUUCCACGGCGGCGCUAGAAUGCCUAUCGAAGCGUGUCAACCUUCGAGAAGCACUCGCGUAAUCCUUGCUCCUUGGAGCGCUAUCCCCCCACACUUGGUGAAUCAGCAGGCCAACACCCACCCUUGAUGCCUCUAUACUCUUCUUAGUCACUUUCAAUUCCCUCCUUUGGACAAGCCGUGGAAUCCUGAC